AAACAGUGUUGUGGCUGCAGCCUAAUGAUGGCCGCCCCUCGGAGCCUCGCGGAGCUUUAUGGAGCUGUGUGCGCGGAGCGACAGGUUAAAGUAAACCCGGACAUUUCACGACCCUUAGAGGAGACGCCGGAAACAGGGUGUGGCAGGAAUUUCACCUUGAAACUUCCAGGAAACACGAGGCCGCGGCAGGUUCAGAGACUCGGUGAUGAUGACGUCCUCGCUCUCUGUAAAUGUCUCCAGAACAGCGAGUGUGUGACAGGUCUCGAUCUGAGGUACAACAGCAUAACAGAUGGAGGAGCAGAGCACCUCGCUGAGCUCUUACAGGAGGGACGUUCAUCCCUGCGCUGUUUGGACCUGAUGUUUAACGACAUUCAGGCGGCCGGAGCUCGGGUCCUCGCCAGCAGCCUGCAGGGUAACAGCAGCCUGCUCUCUCUCAGGCUGUCGGGUAAUAAGAUCGGGAGGGGAGGAGGUAUGGAAGUGGCCGGCAUGCUGCAGGAGAACAGCACGCUACAGGAGCUGCAGCUGGCCGACUGCGACCUGGACACCGUCAGCGUGAUGGCGCUCAUCAGCGCGCUGAGGAGAAACGAGGCUCUUCGUUCUGUCGAUAUCAGCCGGCCGCUGCUCUUCAGCCACCAGGAGGAGUGGGCGGUGCACUGCUCGGCGAUGUUGGCAGUGAACAGCACCCUGGUGGAGCUCCACCUGGGGAAGAUGGGGAUGACCGACACCGGGAUGGAGCGGCUCACCGAAGGCCUGAGGCGGAACCGCGGCCUGCGCUACCUGGACCUGCGCUGCAACCGUGUGACCCGAGACGGCGCGCGUCAUCUCGCCUCGAUGCUGAAGCAGAACAGGGUCCUGGAGAUUGUAGAUCUGUCAUCCAAUCGGAUUGAGGAUGAUGGAGCGGCACACCUGAGCGAAGCCAUCUCCUGGCCGGGCUGCAGCCUGAAAGAGCUGUCUGUGUGCAGAAACAGCAUCGCAGCCGAGGGGCUGCUGUCUUUGGCUCAGGCUGUGAAAGCAAACACGAGUCUAACUCACAUCUACAUCUGGGGAAACUACCUGGAGGAGCCUGUGUGCCAGGACUUCAGGGAGCUGAUAUCCAGCGGCCGCCUGCGUCAGGAGCAGACGGACGUCACCCCGUACGAGGUGGACGGUCACGUGUUCCUCGCUGAGGUCUUCCAGAGUUUGAGGAAACAUGUUUACAGCACUGAUUGUGAUGGCACAGAUGUGCCUGCAAAGACUGAUGCCACCCUUUAACCGCACAUCGAAGAACAAUCCAAAGUAACUGUGCAGAAGUGCAACAGAGUGGAAGAAAAAAACCUGCAAAAUGAUGAAAAUAU